CGCAUGAUGAGGGAUUUGAAACAACUACCUCUCCAACAAGAGAAGUUGGCGAAUUCAACCACUCAUCUACAACUCAGCAUCUUGUCACAUAUUGGCAGAUGCUUAUUAUUGACCAAGUUUCCCUAGUGGGAUGUAAAGUGUUCAUAACACUCAACUGGUGUUAAAGGGAGAAGCGAGGCGCUCGCAUUAUGUCGGAAAACUCAUGGCAAACUGAGGCACUCACAACAUCAAAGUCAAUAAAGAAGUGAUUAUGGGAGCAUACAGACAAAUAAAGGGCAGUCUUGUUAUAGAAUAAGAGUGCGGUGAGGAAACACUUCUAAGGUUAAGCUACAAAUGCGGACACCAAUUGCUUUUUUUUUAGGCGCUUCCGUUCUAGCCUCCAAUGAUACAUCUCAAGGAAUAAGCUAAGUGUUUUCUAUAUUUACUCGAGUUAUAUUUCUAGUUAUUGUAUGAAUUAAAUUUUGUUGCAUUGCUUAGCAUUUUUGUGAUCCUUUCUUUGUGUAAUUAAUAUGGUAAUGGGGGACAUGAAUUGGGGGACAAAACACCAAAUGAUCUUACGUGAAACUUGACAAGUCAGGGGAUUUUAGUUAGUCGUCCAGUGCAUCACUGGCCGCCUAACUGGGGGACAAUUGGGGGUAACAUGUGCAUGCGCAUUCUAGAUUUUUUCUAAGGAAAACAAAUCUUUAAUUAUGCGCCGAAAAAUGUCAUAACCUUGGUAGGCAUCAUAUGUGCAAUAAAUAGUUUUAUCUCAUUGCUUGAGUUAUAUCACUAACCGUGUUAUGAGUCGCAUUAUGUUACAUUGUUCUUUCUCUCCAUGGUUCUUGCUCCGGGUUCUUAAGCUAUUAUGAUCAUGGGGGACAUGGAUCAACUAGCAGAGUAUAAAGAGGCGCAUGCACGUCAUAUGCCAGAUGUAGAGGCUACAAAAUUUUGACAACAUGAAGACUUCUAGUUAGGCAUCCAGUGUACCACUGAAUACCUAACUGGGGGACAAUUGUUGGGGGUGUAAAUAUGGCUGAGCCCAACCGAAUAGUAAAUAUGGUAUGCAAGACACAUAUGGGCCUGACUCGACUCUACUGUCACUCCAGGAAUUGGCCAAGUGAAACCACUUCCUAAAGCGUAGUAUAGCGGGUUUGGGUUUAAUUAUCAACCCGGGUCCUAGAUGUGAUGACUACUCAGUGAAUUCUUGUUAUCUAGCAAUGAAACUGGCAUGCAAGUCUAAACUAUCAAACUAACAAAGCAAGUAAACUGUUGUAUUCAGGUUAAGAGAGGUCACCCGGAUAUGGUUCCCCCUAGACUGCAGUUAAGCCGAAUUGUAAUUACCAAGUUCAGUUUCUAUGAAGAUUAUACUGCGGAAGGUUCUUAAACAGCCUGAAGUCUCGACUAAAGGUCUUCAGACCCUCUCAAUCUGACUCUCUAGCGGGCGACUAACCUCCACCGGAGUCGACAGAUUGAGGCCCUAAGAACAAAACCUCCACUACCGGAGUAAAUCCGGUACAGAAUAGUGAGUUGGUUCCUCGACUAAAGUCACCAACUCCCUACCUUCAAUCAAGGAUACUCUAUUAACCUAGGCAGAUAUUCUCAUUCUAGGUUAAAGCAGAAACAACAGGAAUUUGAUCAGGAUUCAAGUCAUUCAAUCAUUAAAACCUCAAUCGAAUAUAAUCAAUCACAGAAUCAGUACUUGGGUUCAUACAAUCAAAGCCUAACAUACAAAUCUAGGGUUCUCCAUACCCAGAUGAAUGGGAGAACUACUCCAUGGAGAAGAAAGCAAAAGCAGAAACAGACACGGAAUUCAUACUGCGAAGGACGGAUUCCGGCUCCUGGACGUUGAUUGGCACUUCUCCAAGCUCAAGCUGGCCUCCAAUGGUGUUGAAGAUCAAUCUAGGGCACUUGGGAACUCUUGCUCGUCACUUUCUCUCUCUAGGAACUGAUCUCUCUCUCAAAAACUCGAAUUCCCCUUCUGUUUGGCUGAAAAUCUGCUUAAAAAGGCAUCAGCCAAAGCACGGUCGAGGGCACGGCCGUGUAAUGCCUCAGCCCGCCCGUGCUUUGGCUAGUGUUAAUUACACUAGCAGCAGUGGGGAGAAACACGGUCGUGCUUCGCUUUGGACACGGCCGUGUAAUGCUUGAACACGCCCGUGCUUUGUUUUGGCCCUGCCCGUGUAAUCAGCUCAGCUCUCGGCAUAAAAAGCACGGCCACCAGAACACGGCCGUGUAAUGAUUUAGGUGUGCCCGUGUUUUGGCUCCAGCUCACCGAAAUGACUUCCGAAUGCCCCGAAACUCGCGCUUAGCCUUCCCUUCGACACCUGGGACCUGAAACAUGACAAAAUAGCACAACCCGGCGUAAAAUAGGCCAUAACACACGAAUAUGCCCCUCAAACGGAUAAGAACUAGGGGCGCAAACAUGUGCAAUUACAUCGUUAUCAAACUCCCCCACACUUAACCGUUUGCUUGUCCCCAAGCAAACCUAACUCAAACCAAUGCAACUCUCCAGACCUCUACAGCAACAAACAACCCAGAUCUUAGGCAGAGGACUUCCUAGAUCAUUUAGCAACUUACGAGGUCAACCGACGCACAAGUCAUCUCAUAGCUUCUUCGGCGAGUCGGCAUCAUGGCAAACAGUGAACAGAGGACAAAUGAAUUGUGGAUGAAGAGAUUCUCAAAAACAAAAGAUCAUGGACUCA